ACCAAGCUGUGCCAAUUGACUCACCUGGCACUACUCUCAUGAUCCAACCCCCACACCUCUCACUCUCCUGCGGCUGAAUGCCAACAAUGCUCAUCUCCUCAGGUUUAAAUUAAGUCUUUAACAUAACUUGUAAUUGGUAUAUCUAGUGCUCCCCCCACCCCACAUGGAGCCCUUACCCCAAGGCUGAGCAACAUUAAGUCUAAACAGAACAUCGAACACAACGCUCAGGGUUCAGAGUGUGUGUGAGAAUUUGACCUGCUUUUACAUAUGCUGGCUUGUGUUUGUUGAGACCCUGUGACGUAUGAACAGCUGACACAGCAGCUCCUAAGGUCCCAUACUUGAUAUAAAAAGAGGACCUGAUAUUAGAGUUAGAGCUUCUCUGUGACUUGCCCUCUGACUUACACGAUGAAUACCCUCCAGGCUCUGUUUCUCUUGGCUGCAGGCCUCUCUGUUGCCCACUCAAUGGACUACAGGGCACUCCUCCAGUUCAGAGCUAUGAUGCUGUGCGUGAUGCCUGAUAGCUGGCCUGUUUUUGACUACGCCGACUACGGCUGCUACUGCGGCAAGGGAGGCUCCGGCACGCCUGUGGAUGAUCUGGAUAGGUGCUGUCAAGUGCAUGACCAGUGUUACACUGAUGCAAUCCAACACCCUGAGUGCUGGCCUAUCGUCAACAAUCCGUACAUCGAGCUCUAUGACUACACCUGCGAUGCGAAAAACAAGAAAGUCACCUGUGACAGCAAUAACAACGCAUGUGAGAUGUUCAUUUGUGAGUGUGACAGGAAGGCCGCAGAGUGUUUCGUCGUAUCACCUUGGAACCCUGACUACGAGCACCUCCCCGGCGAACACUGUCAGUAAAGACAGCUAAAGAUUAAGUGGCAGAUCGAUUGGAUCCUUGUCUCAUUAGAAAUAUUCACCUAAUACAUUCACACAUGCACGUAUUGUGAUUUGUGUAUGGGAGAUUACUGUGAUUUUGGUGACCUAUAACCAUCCAUCUUUCCCUCAAUGUGCUGAACCACUCUUGUUGGGUUUAUAAUUGAGAAGUUAUCCUGAUAAUAAACAGUUUGAUUUGCAUUUGUCAUUAUACCUCUCAUGCUGUUUUAACCAUAGAGGGCACUAGAGUCUAGCUUUUUCUUUCCUAGUUUGCAGGAUGAAACCGGCAGUACAGUACAGCAUAAACUCACAGUAUCUGUAGUCCCAUAUACUGUAUGUAAUAUUUGCAUUUAAUCAAAUAAUGAAAAUAAAUUUG